UUAAAUAAAGGAGAAAAAAAAGAAUAACAAAAAGCAAAUCAUUUGAACUUUUUUAGUUUUUGUUGUUAAAACGUUGAAUCAAAGUGUUUUUUUUUGUUUUUAUAAAUGUAUGUAUAUUUUUAAGUGUGUGUAUGUGCAUUGACAUGAUAAUAAAGAAAAUGUAAACAAAAAAGUGAACAACAGAAAAUAGAAGAAAAAAAAAAACAAAUUUUUUUUUAUAAAAUAAUUUAAAAUUAUUAUUGUUCUUAUUGGAGGUAUAGGAUAGGAUAUUUAUGCACAUAUAAUGGAAAAAUGCUAAAAUAGUGGAAAAAUAAUAAAAAAAACUACUUUCGAAGAAAUAUAACAGCGAUAAUAAAAAAAAAGACAAAAGCAAAACUAUACGAUUGAAAAACAAGUGGAGAAAACAACAACAACAACUACAAUAGCAAAGAACGAAAAGAAAAACAACUGUUUUUUUUGCUUUGUUUUUGUUUACCUAUGAGCCUAUAACGGAUAUAUGAACAUAUACCUACACAGAAACAUAAAAAUAUCAUAAAUAUAUUUUGUAGGUAGCCGCGGCGAGAUUCAAGAAAAAAUUUUAAAAUCUGAAAACAAACAAAAACACAAAAAUCAUGUUGCCCCAACAGUAUUGUCUCCGAUGGAAAUACCAUCACAGCAAUUUACAAACAAUGUUCUCUCAAUUGCUUGAUCGUGGAUGCUUUUGUGAUGUUACUUUAGCAUGCGAUGGUCAAAUAAUACGAGCACACAGGGUAGUACUUUGCGCUUGCAGUACAUUUUUUGAUACAAUUUUAACAAAUUAUGCAACAGACAAAGACCCAAUUAUUAUAAUGAAAGAUGCGAAAUAUGCUGAUGUUAAAUAUUUAGUAGAAUUCAUGUACAAAGGGGAGAUUAACGUGGAGCAUGCAAAUUUAGCAUCGCUAUUAAAAACUGCAGAAGAACUUAAAAUUAAAGGUUUAGCAGAAGUAUCUUGGCGAGAUGAUGAUGCUAUGGAUCAACCAAUCGCUGAACCAGAAACAAAACUUCAUGGUUGCAGCGCCUCCCAAGAAAAAGAAUUAAGUGCUCAUCAGUUUAAUAAUUAUAUGAACAAUAAUAACAAUAAUAUUAAUGCUAUCGAUGAAAUAAGCCAAAUACCAAAUCAUAGAAUUCCAAGGAUGCCUCUCUUAACUCCAAUACCAUCACCAAACCAAAAUUUAGAUCAAUUUAGUUUAAAAAGGAAACGAGGCAGACCACCUUUAGAUGAUACAUAUGACAUCUUCAGUGCACAAAAAAUAUCUCAAAUAAAAUCUCUUUCAUCUGGAAUUCACAAUAUUUCUGCAACAGAAAAAAACAACAUUAAUUCAAAUUCUUUUAAACGGGUGUCCCCAAAUCGAGAUAAUUCUGAUAUGAACUCUCUUAUAACUGAAACAAAUCAAUUGGUUAAUAAUGAAACUGAAGCUAAUAAUAUCAAAGGGGAUGCAGGCAAUUUGAAAGAACAGAAACUUCAAAACAAAGACUGGUCUAAAAGAAAAAGUCAAGAAAAUAGUCAAGACAAUGAUUCCGAAAUCGAUGAAAAACCAAGUGUUGAACAAUUAGAAAAAUCUGUGGCAGCGGCAGUAGCAGCUGCAUCGGCAAAUGAAGUUUCUGAUUCCAAUGAGAAAAAUGACACAAAUAAUCAAAAUAUUACAGAAAAUGUUCAAACUGGAAAUGAGUAUUUCGAUGAUAUUGAUGAUGCUAGUUUACUAGAUAGUCAAAAUAAUGGAGAAGAUGAAAUGAGUGAUGGGCAAGAACAUGAUUCCGGUGAACUUGGAGAUACUAAACAUUAUGUUUUAACACAAGCAGAACUUGAAGAAUGGAAAGAUGUAAUAAAAAUGGAUGCUUAUUUAGCUAUUGGAAGAAGACCACAAUUUUGGGAAGAACCGUUUACAAAAAGAGUAUUGGAAGCUAUAAAAACAAAGAAAUUGGAAAUGAAAAAAGCGGCACAAGUUUUGGGUGUUUCAUAUGGUACAUUGUAUGGUAGAUAUCGAGAAGUUUAUGGAUGCCUAAAACAUCCUUACAGAUAAAUAAAAGUUUUCUAUAAUUAAAAAUUAAAAAUAAUGUGAAAAGAAUGAAUGGUACAUACCUACUUUACUCUUGGUGGAUUCACUGCAAAUUUUUUUUCAGCUACUUAAAACUGAAAUAUGUUUUUAAAAUUAAUUAAUUUUUUUCUUUCUUAUUUUUUUUAAAUUAUCAAAUUAAUGAAGCGCUUAUACAAUGCCCCAUCAAUUUAAAAGUUGCUCUUUAAUAUUUUAAUUAUCAUUAAAUAUUUAUAUUAAUUUCUGAUUUUGUUUAUUUUAAUAUUAAUUUAAAAAUUGAAAUUUUAUUUAAAUUGUGUUUGAAAAAGCUAUAUUUGGCGCAAAUCAAUUUUCAUCUAAGAAUGAAUUAGAAAUUUAAAACACAAUUUCAAUUUCAUCUCACUUUUGCAAAAAUGAGUUUUAAAAAACAUAAAAUAAAAUUUUAUAUUUUUUGGUCAAACAAGUAUUUUUUAAAAGGAUUCCAAUCAAUUGUUUUGUGUAAUCGAUAUUGUAAAAUGCGCAUUGAAUUGUUUUGAAUCCUAAUCGAUAUUGCAGUUAAAUAAAAGCAUUGAACAUUUUAUUAAAAUGUCAAAUAACAUUUAAGUGAAAUUUCAAGUUAUUUUAUCAAUUUUACAAAUUAUCAAAAACAAUUUGCUGCAUUCAAAAGUUGUAUACGAAAAUAUGCAAAAAAAUUUUUAGCAUAAGUUAUUCAUUGCCGGUUGGUGAGCGUCAGAUACAAUUGUUGUCGACCGGCAUUUAAUAUUAUCGAUUCUACAUACCUGUAACAUAUUAAAAAUUAAUUUUAAACAAAUUUUAUUUUUUAACUUUUUUUUCUACAUAGUUUAAAUUUUAAAGUUCUAUUUUAAAUUAACUUUAGUUUCAGAAAUUUUUAGUUCAUAUUUGAUUCAAAAUAAAAACAAAAUUUUAGUUACUGUAUUAGAAUUAUCGCUAUCGCGAUUUUAUUACCAAUUAAUUUUAUUACAAUUUUUUAUUUUUAAUUUUUUAUUUUGUAUAUUUAUUUUUGAUUAUU